AUGACGUGUGAGGGUUCUCCAGGGAGAGCAUUUUCUACAAAAACCAUUUCAUUGAAGGAUCCCGUUGUCAACAUUUGGUAUUCAGUGAAUGGAGAGAGGCUCAGCACCUACAACAGCCACACAGGAGCUGUCUGGUGCAUGGAUGCGGACUGGGACACACGCGUGCUCACCGGCUCUGCGGAUAACAGCUGUCGGCUCUGGGACCAUGAAAUGGGAAAGCAGCUCGCUCUGGUGAAGGCCAGCACAGUGGUGAGGACGCAUGGCUUUGACUUUGGAGGAAACAUCAUCAUGUUUUCCACAACAAAGCAGACGGGAUAUCAGUGUUUUGUGAGCUGCUUUGACCUCCAGGACCCUGGCCAGAUUGAGAACAACGAGCCUUACAUGAAAAUCCCCUGCAGUGAUUCUAAAAUCACUAGUGCUGUAUGGGGCCCUCUGGGAGAGUUCAUCAUCCCAGGACGUGAGAGCGGAGAGCUGAACCAGUUCAGUGCCAAGUCAGGGGAGCAGCUUUCAAACGUCAAGGAGCACACCAAGCAAAUCAACGAUAUUCAGACCUCCAGGGACAUGACCAUGUUCAUCACUGCCUCCAAGGACAACACAGCCAAGCUAUUUGAUUGCAUAACACUCAAGCAUUUGAAGACGUCACUCUAUUCAGAAAGUAUCCUCAUCCAGUACCCAGUCAGUUUGGCUUAG